AUGUCGAACUCGGACGAACCUUAUACCAUGGAGUCUACUUCUAAAAAGACUGUCUGGCAGUCUAUUCGCGAGAACCCCAAGGUUAUCUUUAUUGCCUUUUUCGCAUCUCUGGGAGGUUUCGAGUAUGGUUACCAACAAGGUGUUCUGGGACAAUCCCUUGUCAUGACCAGAUUCACCCAAAACUUCCCUUCAGUUGUCGAAUCAUCUUCAGCAACUGGAUGGCUCACAUCUAUCCUCCAGCUCGGAGGUAUCCUAGGAUCUCUAUCAGCUGGUGUCCUCAGUGAAAUCAUCUCACGAAAGUACACCAUGUUCAUCGCCUGCUGCUGGGUCGUUCUCGGCAGUUACCUCUACGUCGGCGCCACAGCCGGAAACCCAUCUCUUCUCUACGCCGGCCGAUUCCUCACUGGUAUCGGUGUCGGUCUUUUCAGUGGUGUAGGACCUCUGUACAACGCCGAACUCUCUGCUCCCCAUAUGCGAGGUCUUCUCGUCUCUUUCUACCAACUCGCCACUAUUCUCGGCAUCAUGCUUUCUUUCUGGGUCGGUUACGGAUGCAACUACAUUGGUGGAACCGGAGAUGGACAAUCCGACCUUGCUUGGAGACUUCCUUCCAUUAUCCAGGGUAUUCCCGCUGCUAUUCUCGCCGUUGGUAUCUGGUUCAUGCCCUUUUCUCCACGCUGGCUCGUCAAGGUUGGCAGAGAUGAAGAGGCCAAGUCUACUCUUGCUUGGAUGAGGAAGCUUCCCAUCGACUCUGACCAGGUUCAGGUUGAGUACCUCGAGAUCAAGGCCGAGGCUGUCUUUGAGCAAAAGGUUUUUGCUAGGGAUUUCCCUCACCUCGCUGAGAAGGGCAAGAGCCGAUUCCACCAGGAGAUUGCUCAAUACGUCACUUGCUUCCGAUCUAUGGAUAACUUUAAGCGAGUUUGCACUGCUUGGCUCAUCAUGUUCUUCCAGCAGUGGUCUGGUAUCGAUGCUAUUAUUUACUACGCUUCCAACGUUUUUAUUAGCCUGGGUCUCACUGGUGGAACUAUCGCUCUUCUCGCAACUGGUGUCACUGGUGUCGUUUUCCUCAUCAGCACUAUCCCUGCUAUGUUGAUCAUUGAUCGUGUUGGCCGCAAGCCUAUGCUUCAAGUUGGUUCCAUUGUCAUGGGCGCCAGUAUGAUUACUGUCGGAAUUAUCGUUGCCAAGUACCGUCACGACUGGCCCAAUCACGUUGCCGCCGGUUGGUCCGCAGUUGCUCUCAUCUGGGUCUACAUCGCUGGUUUCGGUGCUACAUGGGGUCCUGUUUCUUGGACUCUUAUCUCCGAGAUCUUCCCCCUCUCCAUCCGUGCUAAGGGUGCUUCUAUCGGUGCUUCCAGCAACUGGCUCAACAACUUUGCCAUCGCCUUCUUCGUUCCUCCCAUGCUCGAGGCCUGGGAAUGGGGAACCUACAUCUUCUUCGCUGUCUUCCUGUUCGCCGGUAUUCUUUGGGUGUGGUUCUUCCUUCCCGAGACCAAGAACGCAUCCCUUGAGGAUAUGGACCGUGUCUUCAAGAGUCGCGCUGGAGAGCAGGAUGCUGAGCUUCUUCGUGAGGCUCAGGCUGAGGUUGGACUUCUUGGAUCUGCUUCUGACCGAAAGGUUUCUAUGGAGAAGCAGGGCGAGAAGCACGUUGAGGAAUUGUAA